GCGAGCGCAUCUCGCCAGGCGUUUACUUUUUUUUUCUUCUUCUUCUCCCUUUCACAUCAUGAAGAGGCUGAUGGUGCGGCUGCUGUGGGCGCUGGCAGGACUCCUGUUGAUGCUUUCCCUCGUGACAAGCAGCACUGAGCCCCAAUGUAACUUGUACACUCUGCCUGGAUGCCCAAGGAAUUUUAAUCCAGUUUGUGGAACUGAUGGAGAAACAUAUGCAAAUGAAUGUAUGCUUUGUAUGACAAACAGAGAAAAGGACAAGGACAUACAAAUUGCCUAUAAGAGUGCCUGUUCAUGAGAGGAGGUUCAAGGAACAGAAAAACAAAACCCAUAAUCUGCUGAAAAGUUGAAACCAAACUUUAAAUGUGCCUUUAAAGCUGUUAAAAUAAAUGCAAGCUUCCGUGCUUU